AUGUCAUUUGAAGAAAAUGAUGAAUAUGAGGAUUAUAAAGAUAUAAAUUAUGGUUUGAUUUUAAAAAAGAUAGUAAAAAGAUCCAUAAAUGAUUGGCAUUUUUUUUGUGAAAGAGUUCACAAUGAUAAUGGGGAAAAUUAUGAUUAUUUAAGAAGUGCAUUAAUACAAUAUUGUAGGCAUAUGAGAGAAUGUUUUUUAAAAUUACUAGAAUUAGAUAAAUUUAGGGAUCACUAUAAAGAAAUAAUUGAAAUUAUAAAAUAUAUUUUUGAGUUAAAAGAAAAUUAUCAAGAAUUAAAAACAAAAUAUCAAUAUGAUUUAUAUUUAUGCAAAAUAAAAACAAUUAGCCUACAAUUAAAUGAAAACAAUAUUCUUUGUGCGAUGGAUUGUUUAUCAACUAAAAAAUAUACUCGCUUUCCCUCAUUAUUUAAACAAAUUUUAAAAAGUCCAACUGAUUUUUUCUUACCAGAAUUAGAUAUGCAUGAAACACGUAUUGUGAAAAAGAGAAUUACUGAUGAAUUUUUAAUAAAUUAUUACAUAUCUAAGAUACCUAAAAAAAAAGUAAAUUUUAUUUUUUCUAAUGGAUUAAUUGAAAUGGAUAUAAUAAAUGAAGUGAAAAUAUUUUUCAUAAGUGACUUUUUAAAUUGGAAAAUUUUAAAAGUAGAUAUAUUAUUUUUAAAUAAUAUGAAUUUACAUCCUUCACAUAACUUUAAUUUAAUUAAUAUGAUAAAUUAUUCUAUUAUACAAAAAAAACAACAAAAUUUUGAUAAAAUUAUAUCAAGGAUUAAUUUUAAGAAAAUGAAUAGUCAGGGUAAUAUUAACAUAGAAAAUCUCAAUAAUUUAAAUGAUGAACAAGUAGAAAAUGCAAACCAUAUAACUUCUAAUGAAAAUAUGGAUCAUUUUUCUAAAAAUAUAAUUGUAAAUCAAGAAGAAGGAGAACAACAAAAGAAAGAUAAACAUAACAUAAUAACCAAACAAAUAGGAGAUGAAGAAUCUGAAAGAGAAGAUAAACACAAAAAUGAAGGAAAUGAAUAUGAAGAUGAAGAAGAACAAGAACAAGAAGAAAAUGAGGUUGACGAAGAUGAAGAAGAUGAUGAUGAUGAUUACGAUGAUGAUAAAGAGACCAAAUACGAAUUUGAUUUCGAAUUUGAUGAAAAUGAAAUAUUUGAUAAAAACACUAAAAAAGAUAUUAGUACUAAGAAUAUAAACGUAAUUGAAAAUUAUUAUAUAAAAGAAAGUAAUAAAGGGAAUUAUAAGGAUGAAUUAAUGAUACAUGAUAUUCUUUAUGAAAUAUAUAGAAUUUGUCAUUUUUAUUGUAGUAAGCAAAUUUUAGAGUUUAUUAAAGGAUGCAUAAAUAAUUAUAAUUCAUUUAAUUAUAAUAAAAAAAAAUUUCAAAUAUAUAAGCUAUUUAAAAAUAAGAAAAUAGAAUUUAUUCCUUCAUGUUCUCAUUAUAAUUUAAAUGAUGACACCUCUUUACUUAAUUUAGACAUCCAUUUAUAUGAUUUUGAAUUAACUAAACAAAUCUACAAUUUUUUUGAAAAAGUGCCAUUAAUUAAUAAAAAUAGUCAAAAAAAAGUUAUUUUAAAAUUUGUUUUGAAUAGUGUAAAUGGAAAUAUAAAAGUAUUUCUAUGGCCCUUUAGUUAUUUUAAAAAAAAAGAAAAUUAUCAUUUUGAUAAUCUUCUAUCGUAUUAUGAAUUUUGUUUUUGUAUUUUUUUAAGAGAAAAAAUCAAAAAGAUUUUUGUGUAUAAUCCUCUAUAUAUUCACAUAGAAAAUUGGUUAGUAAAAGUCACACAUUGCAUUUCAUAUUUUCUUUUUUCUAUUCUAAAAAUAUUUUGUACAAAUUAUAAUUUAAACAAUUUUUUCUCUGCUUAUGAAAAUCUAAAUAUAACGGAUUAUUUGAAAAGUAGUGAAAAUUCUUUUGAAAAUAAUAUAACUAAUAUUCAUGAAUUAGUAUUGGAUUACUUUUUUGAUAUAUAUUAUAUUAAAGAUGAAUUAAAAUGUAUUGAUGAAAAUAAAAUGGAAGAGUAUAAAAAAGAUGAUGUCAAUCUAAAAUUUGAUAAUUCUAAAGAAGUGACAAAUGAAGAAGUUAUUAAUCAGAAAAUUAUAAAUAAAUACAAUGAAAAUAACAAAAACAACAAAACGAAUAAUAAUAUUGAUGAUAAUUAUGUAGAUAUUAAAAGUAAAUUAAAAAUAAUAAAAGUGAAAAAACCAAAUGGAAAGUUUUACAUUUUAAGAUACACAUUUUAUGAACAAAAAAUCGAUUUAUUCAUAAAUAUGCAAAAUGAAAAAUUUAUUUUUAAGUGUCAUUGGGAUAACACAUUUAUAAAUAUUAUUAGCCUAAAUUAUAAUUUAAAAUUAAUUAUAUAUAUAAUUUAUUUAUUAAAGUAUUUUUCUUUAUUUAUAUACUUUUAUAAUUCUUUAAAAAAACGUUUUAUUAAUAUAAAUCCAGGAAAAUUCUUUGAUUUUCAUUUCAAGAAAAAAGAUUUUUAUCCAUCUUUCUUUUUUCACAAAUUAAAAUUAUAUGAUUUUUUGAAAAAAUAUGAUUAUUCUUCAAAUAUUAUCUUAACGAAAUUUCUAGAACAAUUUUUUUCACUUAUUGAUUUUUAUUUUUAUUUGUAUGCAGAAGGAAAUGUAAAAUAUAAUAAUAAUGAAGAACUUGAAAAAAAUCUGAAGAAUUUGAUAAAAAAAGAUCAUUUAAAAAGUUAUAAUAAAAAACAAUAUCAAAAUAACUAUUAUAGUAUUUAUAAUAAUAUAACCAAAAACAACAACGAAUGUGACAAUGAUAAAAAUAUUAAAGAUAACAUUAAUAAUGGUAGUAUUGAUGAGAGAAUACAGAGUAAUGUUGAUUAUUGUGUAAAUAAUAAUGAAAAUAAUAACGGAAGUAUCAGUUUUAUGAAUAUUAAAGCAAUUUCAGAGAAUGAUAAUGAAUGUAAAAAAAAAUCAAAUCAUAGAAAUAACUUUUUUUCUAUUUUUUAUUAUACUAUUUAUAUUAAUAAUAACACACCAUUAUUAUUAUGCAUGUUAUUGGAAAAAAAUUAUAUAUUUGCUACUUACAUAAUUUUAUCUUUUGAAAAUAACAAUAAAGUUUCAAAAAAAGAAAAUGAAAUAAACUACGAAAGAAAAAAUAAAAAAAACUUUUUUCUAAUUCCAUUGAUUCAUAAAAAGUAUUCUUUGAAUAAAAAACUUGAUAUCUAUUUUGACAGUAUAAGAGAUUUAAUAAAUAAUUUUUUAAAUAUGUUUAUUAUUUUAUAUAAUAUUUCAAAAGUAAAUUUUUAUUGUCAAUCUAUUUUCAGCUUUUUUAACAUUGUUGAAGAUAGUAUAAAAGAAAAAAAAGAAGAUGUUGAACACAGCAUGUUUGAUUUUAAUAAUGAUGUGUAUUAUAAUAAUUUUAAAUCAAUGAAAAAUAAAAAUGCAUUAGACUUGCAAUAUUUUAUAAGUAAAUAUAAUUUGAAUCAUGAAAAUGAUAUAAAUUUCGAAUAUUCAAAUGAUUACAUAGAUAAUUACAUCUUAGAUUUACAUUGCUCAUUAGAUGAAUAUUUUAUAAAUAAUGAAUAUGUAAACAAACAGAGAAAAGAUACAUCCUUUUUAAUCAAAAUUCAUAAAUGUGGAUCAUUAUUUUUCAAAAUUCCUAUUAAAGAAAAAACAUAUAUUAAAAUAAAUAAUUUUGAUAUUAAUGAAAACAGUGAAUUACAACUUUUUUGUGGUAAUAUAGUUGUAAAUAUGAGAUUAGAAAAAAGAAAAAAGAAUAACAACAAUAUAAAACAGACGGAUUGUAAUUAUAUAGAGGAUAAUAGUCAGAAUAAAUUAAAUUUUCAAAAUGAAUCAAAAUUUCAAGAGGAAAAACAUGAAUGGAUUUUAUUAAAAAAAAUUUAUGUAGUUGUAAAAGAUGAAUUUUCAUCAAUAAAUAUAUUAAAUAUAUUUUCAGUUAUUAUUAAAACUUUUUUAAUUUUAAGUUUUUCCAAUGAACUCUAUUAUGCAGAAAAAAUUUUCUCAAAUUAUACAAUUACUAAUUGUCAUUUAUCAAAUAUUCACGUUUUGUAUUUCUGUAACUACAAUAAAGAUAUUACAUGUUCUGUUGAUUUAAACAUCUUAAAUAAUAAUCUUAUUUUAAAUGAAGAGAAAGAAAAAUAUGGUUACAAUUAUGAAAAAGGAAAUUCAAACGUUGCUCACAUAAAAGAAUUCUCAACUUAUAAUGAUAAAAAAAAUGUGACCCUUACAAACCAUAUUAACAUAAAUGAGCCAAAUUAUUUUAAUUAUUUAAAUUAUGAAGACCUCUUAAAAAAUUUAUUAUUUAUAGAUAUUACAUUUAAUUGUUCUAUUGAUUGUAUAAAUAAAAUAUUUUUAACUGAAAAAAAAAAUUUUUAUAUUUAUUUAAAAAAAAAUAGAAGCAUUUUCAAUACCUUAAAAUUUAUUUGUUUAACAUUUGAAUUCCAUCAUUCAUUUUAUAUUCUUAUUAACAAAACAAAUGAUCAUUUAAACAAAAUUAAUUUUUUAAACCAAGUUAAUCAAAAUAUAUUUUUCGAUUUUCAUUAUGAAAAUAUUUUAACUGUUAAUUUAAAAUUUAAUCCUAUAAAAAUUGAUAACGAUAUUUUAUCUUUUUAUAUUAUUAUUGACCCUGAAUUUUUUUCAAAAGUUAUUAUUAUUCCUUAUUUUAAUGAUUCAGAUAAGAAUGAAAAGAACAAAGCUUGUAUAAAUAAGUUUUUUAAAAGAGAAAAAGUUUUAGAAAUAUUUGAAAAUUACUUUUCAAAAUUAAGAAUAAAUAACAAUCAAAAAGAUGAAUUUGAAGAAGAAAAUAAAAUAGAUGUAAAUAAAUUACACAACAUUUUUAUUCCCCCAAGAAAUAAUAUUAAGUAUAAUUUAAAUAAAGAUAAUGAUUAUAAAAAUUUAAAAGAUAGUAUGAAGGUUGAAAAUAAUGAUAUGAACGAUAUAAGUAAUAAUACAAACAAUAUAAUUGAUAAUAAAAAUACCCUAAAUAAUUUAAAUAAUGAUAUAAAAAAUUUAAAUAAUAAUUUAAAUGAUAUGAAUGUUAAUAUAAAUUAUUCACUUAAUACUUUUCAUAAUAAUAUUAUAAUUGAUAACUUAGAUGAAGAAGAUAUUUUUAUCUAUUUAUUUUUAAACUUUUGUAAUUUAAUAAAUUUAAAGGGGGAUAAAUAUAAAUUUUGUAAUUUAAUAGAUAAUGAAGAUAAAUCUUAUUUCAUUAAUGACAAUAUAAAUUUUAAUGAAAAUAUUGAUGAAAAAAAACUCUUUGAAAAUGAAUUGAAAAUAUUUGAAGAAUAUGACAUGUUUAUAUCAAAUAUAAAAUACAUAUUAAAAAUAAAAAACAAGAUAAUAUUAUCCGAAAUUAAUUUUUUUCCUCCAUUGUUUUUUGAUGCAACACUUUGUCCUUUUAUUGAAUUUUUAAGAACAUUAAAAGUUUGGUUAAUUUUAAUAGAACAAUUAAAAGUUCACUAUACAAAUAUUACUUUAAAAAAUGAUUUUGAAAUAAAUAACGUUUUUCAAUAUAUAACAGCAUUAAAAAAAAAAGAAAAUGAACUAGAUAAAAAUGAAAAUGAAAUAAAAGAAAUAAAUAAUUGUGAAAGUAAGGGAGAAUUAAAUAUUCAAAAUGAAAAUGAACAAUUGAGAAAUGAUGAUGAUGAUAAUAAAAAAAAUGAAUGUAUUUUUAUACAUAUAUUCUGGUUUAUAUAUAAUAUAAAGACAUUAUAUUUAGAUGAAAUAAGAAAUAAUGAAAAUCAAAAAUCAUAUAAAAGGAAUUAUGAAACGUUAUUAUCAUAUAAUAAAGAAUACUGGUCAUGUAGCCAGAAUGAUAAUAAUUUCUCUAUAGAAGGAGAAAAAGAUGAAAUAAAAAGUUUACAACAUAAAAAAUUAAAAAUAAAAGAAGAAAUAGAUGUAAAUAAUAAUAAUGAAAUAAAAACUGAUAAAAUGGAAAAUAAUGAAAAAAGCAAAAAUGUAGAAAAAUGCGAAAAUAUAAAAAUUUUAAAAGAAAAAAAAUAUAGCAAUAUAUCUGAUUUAUUAAAGAAUAAAUUAGAUAUUAAAGAAAUAGAUACAAACAAAUUAAAAUAUUUAAUAAAUGCAUAUUCUUACAAUAGCGAGAUUUUUUUGAAAAUUGACGAUGAGAAAAAAAAUUUUAAAGAAAAAUAUUUUAUAGAAAAAACGUAUUAUUUGAGAAUUUUAAAAUUAAAAAACAUGGAUGAUUUAAAAUCAUGCUAUAAAAGUUUUAAGAAGAAAAAAUAUUUUCUUAAUAAAUAUUUUAUAGGUGAAAAUUUAAAUGAUAAUAAAAUAGAAUUUUGUGAUGAGAAUAUUAAUAAUAACAUAACUUCAGAAAAUGAAAUUUCAUUAAUUAAAGAAAAUAAUGACGCUAAUGUAACAAAUAUUAAUGAACAUAAUACUUAUUUUAAUAAUAACUUGAAUAUUUUAAAAAAAAACACAAAUAACGUAGAAUGCAUAGAUAACAAUAAAGAAAACAUAGAAUUAAGCAAUUUUAAUAAACUUUCAAAUUUAUCUAAGAAUAUAAAUGAAAAUUGUAUACGUUAUUUAUCACAUUCGAUUAGUAUAUAUUUUGAAAAUGUUGGGGAAAAUGUCGAUGAAGAUGAAUGUUGGUUUUAUUGUAAUACGUCUAACAGAAGUAAUAAUAAUAAUUAUAUAGAAGAUAAGAAUAAAAGAUUUAUUUUAUAUGAGGAUAAUAUUUUAAAAGAAAAUUCAAAAAUAAAUUGUUCACUUAAUAUAAUUUACAAAUAUAUAAGAAUAUGGUUAUUAAAAAUGAGUUAUAAUAGUAUUUUUUUUUUUUUUAUUUUAAUUAAUAAAAUAAUACAUGAUAAAAAUAAUUUAUGUGAAAUUUCUUCAUUAGUUUUUAAUUGUGUUUUAUCUUACAAUGAGCAUUUAUAUUUUUGGAUUUCAAAAAAUGCGGAGAUCCCAUCAAUGCCAUUUAUUGAAGCUGAUUUCACGAUUGAGAAUUAUGAUGAAAAUUUAAAAGAUAACAAACAAAAAAAAAAUUUUAAAAAUAACAGUAAAUUUAUUGAAAUAUUUACUCCAUUUUCUAUGGAUAAAAAGGAAAUAAGUUAUAUGGUUUUAGAAAGUAACGAAGAAUUACUUAAACUAAAAGGGGAUCAAAAUACAGAAAUAAUACACAAUAAUAGCUACACCAAUAAUUUAAAUACUUUAAAUAAUUCAAAUAAUAUAAAUGUAAUAAAUGACACAAAUAAUAAUAUAUAUACAUUUCAUAAUAAAAAAAUAAAUAUAAAUUAUAAGAUAUGGAGAUUUAUGCCAUGCCCAUUUAAAAACACUUACAAUGAGAAAUUAAAUAUUUUAAGCAAAGAAAAUGAUUCUAUUUUAUUAUCUAUUAAAAUAUCCUCAUUACCAAUCAAAAAUUUAAAAGAUGUUUAUAUAAAUAAUGAUUCAUUUAUUAAAUUUCUUGUUGCAAAUAAAAUUGAUUUAAAUAUAGCUCACCAAAGAGUUAUGAAAAUUUUACAAAAAUAUAAUUUAGUACCUAACUAUUCUUUAGUUACCUGUCAAACCAUCCUACAUAUUUCAACAUUUGAAUUAUUACUAAAAAAUAGUUAA